GCAGGAGUCCAGUAAAGACUGUCACAGGGGACCAGACGCCUUCAAACCAGCUCUCAUACAGGACUGCAGCAGGACUUUAAACAUAAAUUUGUUCAGGAUGAACAGAAAUCUACAGGAGGAAAUUGAGGAAAUCGAGGAAAAAGCAGCAGCUAACUACGUCAAUGUACCAGCAUGCACUGUGGAGAAAGUACAUUCCAGACAAGAGGUUUCGCUGCUUCUCUCAGUAUUUUCUACCAAUAGCAGUGUGUUGGCUGAUACUGUUGGUCAUCAUGGGCCUCCGUAUCUACUUUGCUACAUUAAGUCAUGAGAGUGAUGUAAGUGAGCUGAUGUCUGCCAAUCGCAACCUGACAAACCUCAACGACAAACUCAGUGUCUUAGAAAACCAGAUCACAGACCUGACUGCAGUAAAACAGGAGCUGGAGACGGAGAGGAACAACUUAACAGGACAAAUACAAAACAUGGAAACAAACUGGAACACACUCAACAUCACUCAAACUCAGUGGUGCAUUAAUGAAUACGGCCCAAACGUAAAUAACGUUUCAGAGAGACGGUGUAGAGAAUGUCAGAAGGACUGGGAACUCUUCCAGUCCAGCUGCUAUCUGAUUAAUGAUCCUCCUGAUCGGAAAACCAGGGAAGAUGCUCAAGACGACUGCAGAGCAGAGCACACAUUCCUAAACACUUUGAAUCAUAAAUCUAUCAGCCUUGAUCUAAACAUCAUGUUCUUCCCUCAGCUUCUGGAUACCAACACCACCACCACCUCCUACUGAUGGUCAGUGUGUAUUUUCUGACAAGUUCAGAUGGAGAUCAGAGAGCUGUACUGAGAGAAGUUGAUGGAUUUGCUAAAAGAAGGCUUUAUCUGUUUAAACACUGCAGUCAGACUUGAGAAGUUUACUGGAUACUCUACAUGAUAAUAUCAACUGGCUUAUAAAUAAACCAUGAAGACUUCUACUUCACAAUUUAAGUCUUUUUCAGAAAUGUAUAGGUUUUUAAUUUUUAAUUUAGAAUAGAUGGUUUCUUUGUUACAAGAAUAUUCCUAAAAAAUACACAUAAUGAAUGGAGUAAUCUAUUUCUUACAGAUAACCAACCUAAACAUUUGUGCAUUGUAACAUUUGUUCUCUAUCCACACCUGAGCCCUAUACGCACGGCUCUAUUUCGCACCAUUUGCAAUUUUUUUUUUCAUACUACUGAACAAUAGUCAAGAUUAGACAAUAUUAGAGCUUUAACUACUACUUUGGUUGAGCUUUGUGACAAAUAUGGUGCAUAGCUUUUAACAACAAAAAUACCACUUCCCAUCUUAACAACCAUAUUAUUUAUAUGCUUUGUCUAUGAUCAUUUACUAUCUAAAAUAACUCCUAGAAGUUUGGUCUCAUGGACCAGUUCAACAGAUACAUCAUGUAUACAAAGCUUCAAAUCAAGUUGAUUAUGUGUGUGUGAGUGUGUGUUUGUGUGUGUGUGUGUGUGUGUGUGAAAAUAUAUUGAAUAGGUGAGAAUAGAUUUUGGAUAAUAAUGGUAGGCUACUGCAAGAAUCCUUUGUUAGAGAUGUGAUGUUUAUAAUUUGUAUAUCAGCAGAUUGAUGAGAGGGACAGACAGACUGCUCAGCUUCCUGUUUCCUGUGUGACAGGUUAUAUUGUUGCUACUUAUGAACCAAAAUGGAGGCACAGCAUCACUUGUUUUUCUACAGCUUUUAAUGUAAAGCAUAUUAUUAUUUAGAGUGUUUUAUCUAUCCAGAAGCAAAGUCCUGUUUCAUUACAUUGAAUUAAACGCUGUAACACAUU